AAAAAUGAGAAAUAAAACAGCAGGGGUCCAACAUCAUGAAGCAAGUAUAUAGCAUGUUGGGUCCAAAUUCAUUUCUUUAAUACAAACUGCUAGUGGGAAGUAUGAUGGCAGCUUUACCACUCUCUCUUAACUUUAAACAUGGACAUGCUUGUGUUCAUCUCAAGUUUAUCCUCUUCAUUCAAUGAGAUAUCAUUGUGGUUUACCUGGUGAAUCUGUGGCGCACGUUUUAACCCUUGUGUAGGAGUGUUCUCCAUUAAGCUUCUCCCAUCUCUCUCCUCUAUUCUCUCUUUAUUCUGAUUGAAGAAAUUCUUUUUAUGGAAGAAGCUAAACCCAUCAGUCAACCUCCCCUUUUGUCUCUCUACUUGUAGAAUCCAACACUUUGAAUUGAAACCCAUUUACCUAUGGCACCAGCACACAGACAAUACUACAUUCAUGCCUUCAGAAACCAGCAGAAUCUUAUCUAUCAACAACCUUCCCCUACUUCAGACCAUGCUUUCCCUCUAUUAGCUAUUGCUGUGUUGAGCAUCGUGGGCACAGCUUUCUUGCUAGUUGGUUACUACGUCUUUGUGAACAAAUGUUGCUCCAACUGGAACCAAUUUAAUCUUCUAAGGUGGUUCACUGUUUGGAGAGCUAGACGUAACGAAGAUUCGUUUAUAGCCCUCUCUCCAACCAUGUGGAAUCGUGGGCUGGACGAGUCAGUAAUUCGCGAGAUACCAACAUUUCAGUACAGGAGAGAAGAAGGUCGGGAGAGGAGCAGCUGUGGCUGUGUGGUCUGUUUGAAUGAGUUCCAAGAACAAGACAUGCUUAGAGUUCUUCCAAACUGUAGCCAUGCAUUUCACCUGGAUUGCAUUGACAUAUGGUUUCAAAGCAAUGCUAAUUGUCCGCUUUGCAGAACAAGCAUUUCAGGCUCUGGUACUAAAUAUCCAGUUGACCGCAUCAUUGCUCCUAGCUCAUCACCUCAAGGCUCGCAGCCAUACACCGAUAGUCUUAUGGGAAGUGAUGAAGAUUAUGUGGUGAUCGAAUUGGGUGGAGAAGAUGAUGGAGCUUUGUUACCUCCUGGGCAACAUGAAAGAAACACUUCAAGAGAAGUUCAGAUGAGACUCAGAAGUCGAUCGCCAAUGAAGAUGGAGCAGAAGCUUGGAAAGUUGAAAACAAGGAAGCAACACCAUGUCUCAAUUAUGGGUGAUGAAUGCAUUGAUGUAAGGGGGAAAGAUGAUCAGUUUUCCAUCCAACCGUUGAGGAGAUCUUUCUCACUGGAUUCUGCAGUGGAUCGACAGCUUUACUCAAGUGUUCAAGCAAUCAUUCAUCAAAAUAUCCAUCAUAGGGAAAUUAGCAAUACCGAGGAAAGUAGUAACAGAGUACUUAGGUCAGUUUUUCCAUUUGUUCAUGUCCGAGGAUCCAGAAAAGCAGUACGUCCGGUUGAAUUUGAGAUAUAAUGCAAGAAGAUUUAGUCUGAAAUCUUGUCUUUAUGUCCUGUUUGAUAUUUCAUUUUUUUCCAAAGGGUUUGCUGGUGUUUAUCACAUGAUUGAAUAGUUACAAAUGAGGAACUGAUAAAAAUCUAGGGUGGCUUCGGAUUGA